ACGUAUGUAGAUGAUACGAACCAUAAUGAAUGAAACACAUCAAGUUAUACAAGAGCAGAAAAAGGAGUAUUGGUGAGCUGCAUAUAUUAUUGAAUGCAUAUUAAUCUAUCUAAUCUCCGCCUGAAGACACGUAUGAUUAAAGCUAUAGAAGAUUAAAAUUCCGAAUGAUAAUAAUAAUAUAUAAUCGAAUACAACUGAUGAAGAACGACUCAGAAGCUAUUAUCACUGGAAUUAUAGGCUUUUGAAAUACGUUUUUAUCAUACGUCGGGUCUGAAGAUCACGGCUUCCAGAGCACUCUGCCGCUAAAUCCAGAAAAAGGUACUUGGGUAUAGGAACACGAAUCAUUGCAUACCUGAAUUUUUAGUGAGUUCUUGGCUCUCGUCCCUUUAUUUCGCUACGAUGAAUACCGAUGUUGAGUCCUGUUUAAAAGACUGGAACGACCUAGCAAAAGAUUACAAGGAAUUAGAAAUAUUGAACAGGGAGUACCUCGCAAAAUUAGAAGAAGUAAGCGAACUACAAGCGAAAUGUUUAAAUGGAAUCUCACAUCAGAGGUACAGAAUGGGUGUAAUAUCAAAGUCCCUGAAACAGUUACAUGCAAGUGAAACAAGAAAAGGUUUAGACAAAGAAAUGGCAAGAAGAGAAGAGCAGUUACAUGAAAUUGAACAAACUUUGCCAAAAAAGAAUGGCACAUACCUUCAAAUUAUUUUAGGAAGCGUUAAUGUGUCCAUUUUAAAUAAAAGUGAUAAGUUCAAGUACAAAGAUGAAUACGAAAAGUUCAAGUUAAUUCUCUCUGUAAUUGGUUUUAUUUUAUCUGUAUUAAAUUUACUCACUAAUAUCAGAACAUUGGAACUUAGUUUCAUGUUUCUUCUAGUUUGGUAUUAUUGUACAUUGACAAUAAGAGAAAGUAUAUUGAAGGUAAAUGGUUCAAAAAUCAAAGGUUGGUGGAGAUUUCAUCAUUUUCUAUCGACCGUAGUAUCUGGUGUUUUAUUAGUAUGGCCUAACACAGGACCAUGGUAUGCAUUUAGGCAACAGUUCAUGUGGUUUAAUGUGUAUAUCAGUGUGGUACAAUAUUUACAAUUCUGUUAUCAACGCGGUGUUUUGUACCGUUUGAAAGCGCUAGGCGAAAGACAUAAUAUGGACAUUACCAUAGAAGGUUUCCAUUCAUGGAUGUGGCGUGGAUUAUCGUUUUUGUUGCCGUUCCUUUUUGCUGGAUAUGUAUUUCAAUUGUAUAAUGCAUAUGUAUUAUACACAUUAAUAUCCCAUCCAGAAGCAACUUGGCAUGUUCCAGUCCUUAGUGCCAUGUUUUUAGUACUAUUCUUAGGCAACAUAAUAACAACUAUCAUGGUAAUUCCUCAAAAAUUAAGACAACGCGUAAGAGAUCAUUUUCCUGGAGUAUUUACAUCUAAACCUGAACAAAAGAAAGAGGUAAAUGGAGAGAAGAAUGUAAAGGCUCAAAAAUCGAGAAACAUCAUGACGGCUGAUAUUUCGAACGAAGAGCUACGUAAAGAGAUCGCCGCUAUCCUUGAGGAUGCAGACCUUACAGUUAUGACUGUUAAGAAAAUAAGGCUACAAAUUGAAGAAAAAUUCGACAUAGAUCUUACUUCAAGGAGACUGGAAGUGGACAAAUUAGUCAUGGAGUGCUUACGAGGAAAGCAAGAUGAAGCUAAGAAGACUUCUAGCGAAGAAUCCAAGGAUGGUGAAGAAGAAGAGGAAGAGGGAUUUGAAGAAGAAGAGGAAGAGGUCUACGAAGAAGAAGAGGAAGAGGGAUACGAAGAAGAAAAGAAACCGCUCAAAAGAAGUACUGCAAAGAAAGCAGUAAAUAAAUGUAAAAGAAGAUCUUCCGAUGAAGAAGAAAGUGCAAGUGAUAAUGAUGCUAGUGACGAAGAAUAUAGUUCAAGGAAACCAAAGAAGACAGGUAAACCUAGAAAGAUUUCGAACGACGAGCUAUUCGACGAGAUCACCGAUAUCCUUAAGGAUGCAGACCUUACAACUAUGUCUGCUAAGAAAUUAAGGCUACAAAUUGAAGAAAAAUUCGACAUGGAUUUUUCUAAUAGGAAAGUAGAACUGGACAAAAUAGCCAUGGCGUACUUACGAGAAAGGCAAGAUUGAGCUAAGAAGAAGAAGAAGACUGCUAGCGAAGAAUCUGAGGAUGGUGAAGAAGAAGAAAAGAAGCCCUGCAAAGAAAGCAGUAAAUAAACCUAAAAAAGGAUCUUCAAAAGUUGUGAAGAAGGUUUGUACUAUCAUCAAAGAGAGGAACCUUUAUGAUUCGUCGCAAUUUGCGACAAUGAAUUAAUAAAAGUAAUUGGAGUAAAACGUUUCAGAACUUUCGGUAUGAUGAAGUACCUCAAAAGUUAUUUUGUAGAUUAAAUCAUCUAUGAGCCAUGAUCUCUGACUGGUUAUAAACAUUGUAUAACAUAUUCCAAGGAUGCAAAGUGCAUCCUUUCCACGCGAUGCAUACAUAAAUACAGUUCGAAAUGUGGCAAACAAUUAAAAUGGCCAAUAGUCAAUAAGCUGGUUUUAAGUCAAUGUAAUAAGAAUUAAGGUUCAAUCGUUUGCCUGAUGGUACUUCUAAACAGCAGCAAGAAAGUCAAAGUAACGUAAAGAGGUCUUUGAAAUCAUUUUAAAAGUGGCGUUUUUUUAUUUUUUACUGUUUAUUUUAUUACGUAAAAGAAAAAAGUAAAUACAGUGCGAUGAAAAUAAGAAGAAAGACGGUACAAAAGAAAAAUCAACAUCCUGUACCUCUUCUGUAUAAUAGUUACAUUAUACAAUAUACUGAAAUUAUUACUAAGUGAAAUAUAAUUAUAUUAUCGUGUAAUUACUGAUUAUUCUCGUAAUAUAGGUUUCUUGGUGUAAAAAAAUUCACCUAACUUUUAAGAUUUAAUGGUAAAAGAAGAAGUGAAUGUAUUUUAGCGAAGGUACGAUGUAUGCAUAUUAAACAAACAGAAAAAGUCACAGUAUGUGCAGCACUGCACAAUAUUUGAACUGUAAUACACAACCGAGCGUACAUACUUAUAUUCUGUAUAUAUACCAUUAUGAUAAUUUAAUUAGAGUAACAUAUACCGACGCGCACAUCUGUACAUUCUGUAUUCGCUGUACUGCUAAUAAUUAUUUGUAAUUGUAAUGCAUGAAACCCUUAUAAUUUAUACAAUAUAAAUAUUUUUCUGUU